GUGACGGAUAUGUUCACUUUGUUUCUCCUGUCCUAGACACAACUUCACGAUAAUCUUACUGGUAUCAUCCUUCUCAUAUCCUGAAUCACGCUUCGGUGCAUCGCUGUCUCCUACCGGACCCAUGAGCUUAGCAACAUGUAGGCAGGAAUAUCACAACACCUAUCGUCUUCGGGAUGACUAAUAAUCGCUCUUCCUAGCUGUAAGGUUACGCGCAUACUGCUUAGUCUUGCAACGGCACUAACUUGAAUUCUCCCUUCUCGUUGCGGUGGCCAUCGUGCCGCGGUCGUGUUUUGUUGCCAUGGAUGCGACUGUUGUGAUCCUAACUUUGGUCAAGCUGGGGAAGGACGGCAUCGUUCUGAACAUGAAGCACGGCGUCGCUCCUCGCUAAUGACAGUAUUUUUUCGUAGUGGUGCGCACGAUCAAUGAAGAACUCAAGGAAGAUGAGCUUGAUGACAUUCACCUCGUAUGAAGGGGUUCAGUACUUCUUUAUUCUUGUCGCGCUGAAUGUGAUACAGCUCGGCUUGACCCUAAGCUCUAACGCGGAUCUCAGCGCGCAUGUCAACACCAUCGCCGUCUCUAAGCACCUGUACGUCCUUCGCUCCAUCUCCCGUUCUAUCCCUUGGAUAUUACCCCACCGCGAAUAAUACUACUAUGACACGUGGGACGGCCUCAGUCCUCCUGUCACAGUUUUUCCUUGAC